GAUGGGUAAGAACAGUAGUACGCUAAGACCAGAAACCUUGGAGGAUCUUAAGACCCAGACAAAAUUCAGUAACGCAGAAAUCCUAGAAUGGUACAAGGGAUUUAGAUUAGAAUGUCCAAGCGGAGAACUGUCCAUAGAGGAAUUUCGCAAAUUAUACAGAAGUCUUUUCCCAAAUGGAAAUGCAGAAAAAUUUGCCGAACACGUCUUUCGUGCGUUUGACGAAAACAGAGAUGGAACUUUAGAUUUUCGAGAAUUUAUGUGUGCUCUUAGUGUGAGUUCGAGAGGGACAGUGGAAAACAAAGCAAGGAUGGCUUUUAAGAUAUACGACUUGGAUAGGGAUGGGUUCAUCACUGAAAGCGAAAUGACUGAAAUCUUAAAGGCAAUGAACAAGAUGACAAGCAGCAAAACCAUAGGUCUUUCACCAGAAGAAAAAACAAGAGAAAUCUUUUUGAGACUGGACAAGAACCAAGAUGGAAAUUUGUCCAUGUCAGAAUUUAUCAAGGGUGUCCAGACCGAUUCCUCAAUUAUGCGUAUCCUCACGUGUGCCUCCGAUACAGAAUGACGAAUUGAACUUUUUCCUCAUAAAUUU